AUGUGUAAAGAGAUUAAAGAGAAAUGGAGAGUUCUUGUUCCCGUCGGUGCAGGUAUGGUGUUGUUUUCAUUUUUUGCUGUUUGGAAUCAUGUUUCUUGUAGAAACAGAUAGACACCAGUGGUAUUCCUUGUUCUUCUGCCAGAGAAUUAGGCAAUUAGGAUAGGCAACCAACAGAAUUUGUAAGUAGUUCAUUUCUUAGGUCAAUAUGACGAUAACUGCUCACUUCUUGUGACAGAAAAGCUUCAACAGGAAACUGAGAAAAAAAGGUAGAAGGUAAAAGGUAGUCGAUAACUUUCGACUUUAAAACAGGUUCAAUUUCUGCGUUGGCUAUACGAACUUGCUUUUUUGGUCCUAAGGGAGCUACGUCACGAUAUUUUGAGUCAUUUUUACAGUCGUAAAGAGUUGCCUUUAGAUAGAAUGAAACCUUGAAAUGAUCAUUUUAAAGGGCAGAAAGACACUAAAGAUGCAAGAACGGAACAAAGAUCGCUAUUCGUUAAGAAUGGUGAAUAUAAACAAGGAUUGCAAAUGAAGAACUCAUCCAGUGUUUGACGAGCAGUUGAUAAUAAGAAAGGUAAAAAGAUCGCAGCUAACGACAAUGAUUUUGUAAGAGCGGUUUCUUUUUGUUGUAAAUCUACUAUUUGCAAUCGAUAUAAAAAGACAUAAUACCGACUAACUUAUGAAGUUGGACCCCUUCUCCUUUUCCCUUUUAAAAUAUAUUUUAAUGUUUCUGCUACGAACUAUUACAGGUAUUUGCAAAUUACGCCGCAGCGAACAUAGUGCUGCUCUCGUCGUUGAACCCGCAUCACCAGAGCUUCAGCCCUCUCCUGAUCCUAUUGUAGUCAGCGAGCCUGGACCUAGUCUUUCAUCACUCCAAGAACAGUCUAGUGAGAUAAAUUUUCUUCUUUGCAUUUUUGCUCGGUUUCUUAAAGAAAGGGAAAACGAACGCACUUGUAGUAUAUUAUUUUUUUGGGGUAAUGUACAUUUUUUAAAACUCUAUAGGCAAUACCCAACCCACAACUCCCGGCAGGGACAGAUGAUAUAAGUUCUGAGGCACCUUCAUACGCCGCACAAGAGGUCGGUCCUGGGGUAAUCAACUCUGCAACUUCCAGUGGGGUCAGAUGAUGCAAGUUCAGAGGCCUUUUUCGUCCGCUUCACAGGAAUCAGUACCUGAGGUCGAAACGUCGCUAGAAUGGCAGCCAACUCCUCAAGUACGGUAUAGGCUUCACUUUCUGAAUAACUUCCUCCGGAACUCUGCGAACGGAAGAGUAAGUCCCAUUCGAUCUCAGCUUUGUACAGAUGUUUUGAAUUUGUCCUCUUCCUCAAGUCGCUACUGCAAACGUAAAGCAGUGCAAGCAGUAGAGACAGUACUGGAGGCAAUUGCGCCACAGCAGUCCACUUGGCGUUUCAAUCGGGUUGUUGAGAGGUACAGCAGUGGAAGGGGUGGCAACAGGCCAGAUAAUCGACUUCUUGGAAGACUCAUAAACCUCAAUGAAGAGGCAAAUUCAUGGUAUACCAGACAGCAGAUACUCUCUAUUUUUGUUUGUGACCACUCGAAGUCUGAAUUAUCGACCUUAAUUCUGGGUCUUACAAAAUGGAGAAUUGACGAAGCAAGAAAACACGCUUUUCUUAACGAGCCUGGUCAACAAAUAGAACCACCACAGAUCAAGCAAAAUAGACUGCACCCAGCAAAGGUAGACCACCUUCUUUAUUUUGUUUCUAGUCCGUCUCUUUUGGAAGAUGUCGCGUACAGAACAAAAAAGUUGAAACUUUCCGAUGGUGACACACUGGAAAUUCCUAAUGUGGUGAGAAAGGUGAUGGCAUCGAGACUUGUCCAACUGUACACAUCGUACUGUUCCGAGACUGGAUUUCAACCUUUAGGUCGAUCGACGCUGUUUAACAUACUGAAGGUA